AGGACGCUAGCUAGCUGUGCGCCGCCACCGCGGUGAAAAAUCGGUGUGCAGUAGCUUCUGGGCCCUGCGGAUUGCCUAAUAUUUUAUCAUUAGAGCCACACACGCCUUACCUAUCAGCGCAGCAACGGCCGUGCAACACGUGCUAAGUGCCAGGCCUAACAUCACCACUGCUGCCAGCGCCGCGUGGCGGCCGCGAGCAAUAUAAUGCUCCGCCACACGCGGCGAGCCCUAGCGACAAAAGUCAUAAUACCAAGACACCGCGACGCCAUCCACCUCCAGAAAAACAACACGCUCGCCGACGCGUCCUGCGUCGCGUCGAGGGGCGGCACCGUCGUCCACGCGAGCGUGAGCUGGCGCUGGGCUUCUGGGGAGGACGCUUUGUAUUAUACUGGAGGCGGCGCGCCGCUGCACGUCGAUUUUCGCCACCCGUCAUCAGCCGCAGGGCUACCACCUACAACAGCAAGUGGAAGAGAAAACGUCCGCGCGUCCGAUCAAGAAAUAUUAGCAGCGCGGAAUAUUGAUCGUGCCCUAAGGCCGCGGUUCCACGGCGACGGCUUCCUCGAAACGGUGCGAGUAGAUGUGGAAGUAGCGUCGAGUGAUGGUGAUGGUGAUGUCAUUACAUUAGGAGCGAACGCCGCGUCCUGCGCUUUGGCUUUGGCAGGAGUGCCCUGGAAGGGCCCCGUGGGCGCCUCACGUCUCUCGAGACGAGGUGCUUCCUUUACAAGAGACCCACCGUUAUGGUUCUGCGAGAACAGUGGGUUCGACUUGUUAUAUGCGACGGACGGCGUUGGCUGUGUGGCGUUGGAGCUGGGCUGCGCGCCGGCGAAAGACGCUCUGCUCAAAGACGCUUUGCUGGAGGCCCAUUCUGCGGCGGCGCCGAUCGUCGACGCCAUCAACGCGCUCGCGCCUUCUUCUGUGGAACGACCGAUGCAUGAAGAAAGAGCUAGGUUGGACGCGCUCGCAUCGCAAGCGGCGCAACGCCACGUGUCUCAACUCAUCGACUUCUUCAGUGGACGGAAUCUGAGGGACGACGAGGACCCUUCGUCGAAGCGGGACCGAGGCAGGGCGCAGGACCGCGCGUUCUUCGAUGUCAUCGAGGCCGUCGCCUCAGAAUUAGAUGGGGACGAGCGGGCCGUAAAAGCCGCGGCGGCGCGCGCCGUCGAAUUGUUAGGAAGGGACGCGAUGGCGCAAGCGGCACAAAACAACGCGCGGAGCGACCGCCGACGUACCGAUGAACUCCGAGUAUUACAGUCAAGGUGUGGCGUGCUCCAAGUGCCGCACGGUAGUUCCUCGUUUAGUCGAGGCGAGACGCGCGUCGAUUCGACGGUGACGCUCGCCGCGCCGCCGUCGAGAAGGGUUCCCUCAUUAGAUGCCGAUCCGAAUGCGUCGUUCCGCGAGCACGCGGCGUGGCGACGGACCGACCCGAGGGUCUCGCGACGACGGCGGCCGCGCGAGUCCAACUACGACCGGGACACUUCGUCGUCAUUGAGGAACAUCGACCGGCGCUUCACGCUGCACUACGACUUCCCGUCGUCCGCCACGGGCGACACGAAGGAUAUACUGCGAGCUAAUAGGAGAGCGGUGGGCCACGGCGCGCUGGCGGAGCGGGCCCUUGCUGCUGUAUUCCCGUCUCGCUCGCGAUUCCCCUACGCUGUUACGACACGUACAAAUGUCGCGGCCUCCUCCGGUUCGACGUCGAUGGCGUCGGUCUGUGCGGCUUCGCUGGCUCUGCACGACUGCGGCGUGCCGCUUCGAGCGCCCGUCGCCGGCGCUUCUGUUGGAUUGAGCGGCUCGACAUUACUCACGGACCCGACGGGCACGGAGGACCACUUCGGGAGCAUGGACUGCAAGGUGGCCGGGACGGAAAGAGGCAUCACAGCCGCUCAAGUCGACGUCAAGGGCGACGGCGUUUCGCUCGAAGUGCUCGGCGAGGCCUUUGGGAGAGCAACGACGGCGCGGCGCGAGAUCCUGGGCCACAUGGACUCAUGUGUGUUAAAUGGAGACCGCGAGCCGCGGCGGCCACGGUCGAGUGACGCGCCCUUUUUGUUGGUCGACGACGACGACGUGGUGGAGGCGCCCGCUCCGGAGGAAGCGCCUCCGCCGCCGUCGUUCCUCGCGCGGCUCUUCGGCGCCGCGCCGGAGCCGACGCCGGAGCCGGAGCCGGAACCGGAACCGGAGCCGGAGCGGCCGCCACCUACGAAGCGACGGCCGCCGACGGCGGCGAGGCCGCGGCCACGAUUGAAAAGACACGCGCCGCGCGUCGCCGUCGUGACCUUCGACGCUUCACGUGUCGGCGAUCUCAUCGGCCCGCGCGGCGAGCAUCUGAGAGAGAUCGAGGACGAGACCGGCGCGGACAUCGACGCGCGAACGGUAAGUGGAGAGGCGACGAUCUUCGCGGACUCCAUGCGGCAGUGUUCGGCGGCUCGAAAGCUGGUCUUGGAUAUUGUGGGCGAGAUUAGGGUCGGCGACGAAGUGAGAGGCACGGUGACGGACGUUAGAGACUACGGCUGCGUCGUGCGGUUCUCUCGCUCGAGAGAAGGCCUCGUGCACAAGUCUGAGUACCGCGGCUGGCCUGGUUCACCGGAGGAGUUAACGGUCGGCGCCGACAAGGCGUUCCACGUCAUCGGCGUCGACGCGGUGCUGGGCGUCGUGAAGUUGUCGAGGAGGCGGCGGACAGCUAAACCCCGGCCGCCGGCGGCGAGCCACCAGGAGUCAUCUUAAGUUCUGUUUUUCGUA